AUGGAAGGUUUGGAUAAAAUAUAAACAGAUUUUUUUGAGGAUGACAUUAAUUAUUAAGCUAUUUUAAAAGAAAUAGUCAAAUAGUUUAAUGAAAUCAUACCAAAUGAUAAAAAUGAAGUUUAUUUAGGAUACUCCUUCAGAACUAGAUAAAUCAUCAUUCAGCUAAAAAAAAUAUCUUCUAUUGUUUAUAAGCCUUAUGACUAAGAGUUUAGGGAGAUUAUAGACACUUAGAGUUUAUGCUCUGAAUUCAUUCAUACUUUUAAGGAGUCUAUUUCAUAAAUUAUUUUAGAAGUUCCUGAGCUUGAAAAGAUUCUCCAAAGGAUAAGGAUAUUUUCUUUAAAGCGCUCAAGAAUUUAUCAAUUUAUAAAUUACGGAAAUAGCAUUAGGCAAUCAUUCAUUAUGCUUAGAAACCAAUGGUAAAAUAAUUCUAAUCAGUAAGAGGGAUAGAAAGAUUAUCAGUUUCAUAAUAGUUUCAAUUUGAGCUCACUUUUUUAAAGAGAAAAUGAAACAAAACAUAACAUUCAUGAAAAUAAACAAAAAUAAUAUAAAAAAAACAUUUAUUAAUUUGAUGAUAUUUUCUAACUUAAUUCUGAAUCACUCAAAGAUAAAGAAAUGAAUUAGGAUUUUGUUAAUACUCUUAAUUUUACAGAAAAAGAAUUCGCUAAAACUUAAAAAAGAAUUAAAAUAGAAUAGCUAGCAAAAGAUCAAAAUUACUAAAAAAAAAUUGGAUUUCCUUUAAUGUUUUUAAGCUAUGAAGAUGAUUUACCUUGGAAUUUAUCAUAAGUUAUUAAAGUUGACUAAGAUUUUAUAGAAUUUAUUGGUACUGAUUUGCAGAAAAAUGAAGAGAUUAGCAUUUGUUUUUUCAUAAAUAGGAAAAGUGAAUUCAUGGAGAUGAUCAACAAUCAUUAUUAGCUGCAAAAAAAGAAUAUCAAAGGAAUAAGAGAACUUUAUGAUUUUUAUUUAUACACUGUGGAAAGUGGUGAUACUUUAUUUAUAGUUACUAAAGAGUUAGUUAGCUGCGAUAUAAUGCAUGUAAUAAAAGAAAGAGAAAAGAAAUUUCAAUAAUACACCAGUUCAGAUUUACUCUAAACAUUUAAGUUUUUAACAGGCACUCUUAUCAGAAUUCAUAAUUAAAAUAUUUAUCUUAAAAAUAUUUGUUCGUCUAACAUAGUUUUCUCUUUCAAAGAUUGCUGUUGGAAAUUCGAUAAUUUAACAAAUUGUGUUUAAAUUAAUUUAGAGGAGGCCUAGGCAAAGUUAGAGGAUUAUUCAUAAGAUUUCUUUAACUGGAAUUACAUUGACUUACACAGUAUUUUCAAGCCUGAGCAAUAUGAGUGCUUUAAAGUUGAAGGAUACUUAGGCUACUUGAAUAGUGAUUUAAAGCACCUGAUUAAAUGUUAGCAUUCUUAAAUUUCAUACUAUGAUUUGUAGGCAGCUGAUAGGUAUGCGCUAGGAAAGAUAUUUGAAAAAAUACUAGACAAACUUGUUUAACUUAUUGAAAUUUUAGAAAUUAAAUCAUAGCCAGAUGGCUUUGAAUCUAAAGCUGUAGAUUUCUGGAAUAGAGACUCAAAUGUUAUGUUGUGCUAAUAAAUAUCUCAGAAUUUGAUUUCUUAAGAUGGAAAGUUAAAUGAAAACCACACAACAGGAAAUGUUGUGGCUUCAGAGGAUGUUUAAUAUGUACCAAAAACCUUUUCAAAUAAAAAUAAAUUUUAUUAAGAAUUAUUCUUGGCUAGAGGAUACCAGUUGAUUUAAAGUAAAAGGAAAGCAGAACAGCAUUUUAAGAAUGCUUUGCAAGAAAUUCAACACAAAUCUAUUGAAGGGAAACUAGAAUAAAUCCUACUGCUAAGAGAAAUUUCUAAAUUUUAUAGCGAUUUUUAAAUGAAUUACUAUGAAGCUCUUUAAAAAACAACCGAAUCACUUUAUCUGUUUAACCAAUUGAAUACCCCUGGUAGUCUAAAAUUAGUUAUUUAACUAGACUUAAAAAAGUUGCUUUUGCAGCUGGGAAAGUAUUAAGAAUGCAUUUAAUUUGUGAUUCUCAACAAUAAUUCAAUUGAACACGAAAGCUAUUUUAUAUUUUAAGCACUAAAUAUCGAAAGCCAAGCUUAAUUUAAAAUAGGUAAUAUAGAUUUAGCUUCUAAGACUAUGAAAAAAGCUUUAAAUAUUCUUUAUUAAUAUGAGAAAACUAGCCUUGAUUAUUUAUUUGAAGUUGAGAAAGCAGAAGCCUUGUAAUUCUUAGGAAUCUACCAACACUUUGAGGGUAAUCACUUAGAAGCCAUUCAAAACUUAAAAAGAUCAGCUAAAUUAUAUAUGAAACACACUCUUCUUGAAGACUUUUGUGAUUCACUAAGUUUAGCAGCAAAGUCAGAAUUGUCUAUAUUAAAUUUUAAAAAUUGCAUUGCUACACUCGAAAUUUGCUUAAAACACUAAGUCUAUUCUUUGUAGUAAUAAUACCUUAAGUUAAUAGACUUAUUAUUUAUGGCAAGCGAAUGCUAUAGACACCUUAAUAUUAGACAGGAAGAAACAAGAUAUAUUUCUGAAAUUAUAAAAAUUAUCAAAGAAAAUGACAUUUAUAUAGAUAAGUGUCCUGAGCGUAUUUAGAGACUGCUUAAAUUCGAAAAAUAAAUUGAGGACUUAAGCAACAUUUAUCUCCCCAAUACGAAAAUAAAUGUCAGUCCAAUCUUACCUGACACUAACUAAAUAUAUUCAAGAUUUUAUUGA